UAUAAUGAAACAACGUGUAGUAUUUUUUGUUUUUUACUUCGUGUUUGUUGAAGUAUUACAGCUUACUCACGCCCAAUGCUCCUUAACGGCCUGCGAAGUGCUGGACAUGGUGUCUCGAGGUAUCCAGGGCCAGGAUCCUAAAAGCCCUGGAAAUUGCGUCGAAGAUCUGCAGUGGAGACAACUGGACCGCCGACUACGCGCUAUUGAACAGUCGACAUGGACGGUUAGUGUGUCUCAAUCGCGCUGGCGACAGUGCGGGAAAAGCGUGUGCCGUUGCGAUGUGGCUCGGCGGUCGCUCAACUGCUGGCGUGCUGGCCUCACCACUCUCUCAAGUGACCUUCUGGUCCCAUCGGACCUUGUCAAUAUCGAUCUGGGCACGAAUAAGCUGCGCACACUUCACAAGACAACGUUCAAAGGCAUGAGGUCGCUGAGUGAACUGGACAUGUUUGAUAACCACGUGGAAUACCUGCCGGCCGGCAUUUUUGACUCCCUCGUCAGUCUGAGGAUACUACGACUUCAAAGAAAUUUUCUAGAGGAAAUUGACAGCGAAACUUUCCGAGCCACUAAGAAACUAUUCCAUGUAGAUCUAUCUAACAACUUCCUCUACACGCUGCCUGAAAAAUUAUUUGCCAAUAACUCAUAUCUAGAAACCAUCGAUAUCUCAAAUAAUCAAGUCGUUUAUAUACCGUCAGACAGCUUUAUAGGAUUGGAAUCUCUACGCAUUUUAGAUUUAUCUAAUAACAAAAUACAACAAAUCCAAAACGGCACGUUUUUGCUGAGGACCUUAGUAAUUUUGAAAUUGUCAGAAAACCGGAUCGUUAAUAUAACCGAGAAUGCUUUUGAAAGUCUCAUUUCAUUAGAGACAUUGCUACUGGAUAAAAACAAUCUUGAGAACAUUCCAGAGCGGUUGUUUAGCAAGCUCGGCUGUCUCAUUUACUUGGAUUUGUCGGAUAAUAACUUACAAAGCCUAACAGGUGUGGAAUUUGAAAAUCUAAAGCAUUUAAGAAACUUGGAUUUGAAAGGCAAUUCUUUGACAGUUCUGCCAGACUACACAUUUUCUAAUUGCUCUAAACUUGAAAAGCUCGAUCUAUCUAAAAACAAGAUGCGCUUUUUAAAUAUCACAAGCUUUCACGGGUUAGACAACCUGGGCUCCCUUAUGCUUUCGGAGAACAAACUGUACGAAGUACACUUCAAAACUUUCUCGAUGUUAAAGAAUCUCACAACAUUAUACUUAGACGGAAACAUGUUCCCAUCUCUGCCAUCCCGCACUUUGGACUAUAUGCCCAAGUUAGCAAUCGUGAAACUUUCGGGCAACCCUUGGCAUUGCGACUGCCACACGCUCUAUAUAUCGGCAUGGGUGCGGCUAAAUGAGAUGAAAAUAUGGGACUACUCUCCGACAUGCGUGUCGCCCUGGUAUUUGGAGGGCCAUUUCCUGAGGAAGCUAAAGUUUCCCGAGCUGUGCUCAGGCCAAUGGGCUAGCAUGGUCAACCUGUCGCCUCGCCUGCCGAUACAACAACUCCUCUCCCUCAAUGUCACAGUUAACAGGAAACCGCAGGAAAGCAUGGAACAGAAUCAUGACGUCACCACUAUUGAUCCUUGGCAUUGAAACGACCUCUACGUUACAUUUGUCCAGCAGGCGAAUUCGAGUUUUAGUUAUUCAAUCUCAUUCCAAUAUGAUAUUGAUCUAAUACUGAUUUAUCAUUGUCAAAAAUGACGUUUUUGUAUUCGAGUUUCAUAGUCUGUCAGGCCAUUUCUGUCAGUAGAAAUAAGCGGCGAAUUUAAAAAAUGUAGGCGCGAAGGCUUAUCGUUUCAUAGAAAAUUUGAAUUACGCGCCUUUUUCUACUAACAAAGUUGUUUGACAGACUUUAUUUAUUAGAUCUCAUUCCAAACUGAUCUGUCAGUGUCAAAAGUGACGUCAUCUACAGGAACCAUCUAAUAUUGAAAUGAUGUCAGAUCCGUGUUAGAUCAGUAUUACAUUAUAUUGUUGGAAUUGGUCAGCAAGACGGCUUAAGACUAUAUGUUAUUUUAUUUAGCACUGUGGCUGUAAAAUACAGGCUGUUUACAGGCGAUAAACUAUAUGGCCUUGUUUGUUUCAAAGCCUAUAACGAUUUUUGUUUCUAACCUGUUUAUAUACGUAUUACAAGAAGCUACAGUGUCGGUUUGAUAACCCUUAUUUGGCGAGUACAUACCUACGAGGGUUUGGAGUUUUGAAAUUCAUGACAAAAUGUAUAAAUAUAGGUUUCAUACGUUAUUUAAAUAAAUUAUAAUGUAGAAAUGAGUUGUAUUAGACAGGGCAAGGAAAUACAAAAAUAAAAAAGUCAUCCAAUAAACAUCCAAAUGAUUGUCUGGAAAACAAUUAGUCUUAAAAUUAAAUUAAAUUGAAUCAUCCUAAUAAAAUGAAUUAAAAAUGUAUUUCUAUCAAUCCAAUAUAAUUAUUUAUUUA